AACGGCAGGGCUAGCACCGUCUGCAUCUGCUCGCGGGAGAAGGAAAAAAAACUGCAUUCUGUUUUCCGCGUACUGGAUCAAAAAAAUUAACCUGCCUAUCCAGGACUAUAACACCUCCAGCCAAACCAGGAGAUUUAAGAAGACACCCUUUCAAUGCCCUGCACCAGGAAUAAUGGAAGGAUCCAUGCUGUUUUAGGCUGUGUGGCGUAAUUCCUGGAAAGAGAACAGGGCCACUGCUGGAAGGAGGCCAACACCUGACAUUUGGAAGAGAAAAAAAACUGGGAACCAUGCAAUUAUUCUGCCCUUCACCGAACACUAGAUAACUUGGAGAAACUUUCCACGAUCUGUCCCUCACGCCCCUUUUCCUUUCCCCCCCUUACCUGAUGAUCAAAUGACGAUCAAAGGUAGCAUAUGAAACCACACCGCCCAGUUUGCCUUCAUGUGUGAUCUCUGAAAAAGCCGCAUUGGGAUUCUGCUGUGUUGAUUGAAUAAAGUGCUGGACUGGGAGCCUCGGCUGGAAACGGGAAAGAAACUGGAGAAAAGGCCCCAUCUUGUGUGUCAUCCUUCACUUCCCGUAGACACCACCCAAUGGAGAGGCUAAGAAGAGAAUCAGGAUAGUGGACGAAAGUAUACAAACGAUCUGAGAAUUGGUUCGUUGGAAGGAUUUUGGAAGUAGAUCCUGAGGAUAGCUCAGCCUCAUAGUAGGAAGCCUUGUAUGUGGACAGACACUGUUGUCAUCAGUUAGAUCAAAAAAGAAAAAAAAAAAACAUUCGUUUCUUCCCUGGCGGUGGAUUAAAGGACCGAGCAGAGAAGGAUCUGGACGGGGUUGGGAAGAUGACCGGGGAGUGGAGGUCCUUGUGGUGGCCCUUGUGGCCUCUGGCUUUGGCCGGGCUGGUGAUGGCGGUAUCAGCGCUGGAGUUCGGAGGCGCCCCGGGGCAGUGGGCGCGGUAUGGGCGGUGGGAGGCCGGGUCAGGGGGCGAGCUCAGCUUCAGCCUGAAGACCAACGUCAGCAAGGCGCUGGUGCUGUAUCUGGAUGAUGGUGGGAACUGCGACUUCCUGGAGCUGCUGAUUGCCGGCGGCCGCCUGCAGCUGCGCUUCGCCAUCCACUGCGCCGAGCCCGCCACCGUCCACAUGGAGACACCGGUCAACGAUGACCGCUGGCACAUGGUGCUGCUCACCCGCAACUUCCGCGAGACCAUGCUGGUGGUGGACAGCGAGGCCAAGGUGGCGGAGGUGCGGUCCAAGCGGCGGGAGAUGGCGGUUGUGAGUGACCUGUUCGUGGGUGGCAUCCCGCCCGACGUGCGCCUCUCUGCCCUCACCUCCAGCACCGUCAAGUACGAGCCGCCCUUCCAGGGCCUGAUCGCCAACCUGAAGGUGGGGGAGACACCGCCCACCCUGCUCAACAGCCAGGGCAUACAGAGCGACCUGGAGUACCUUUGUACCAAGCAGAAUCCCUGCCUGAACGGAGGCUUCUGCACCAUCCAGUAUGGAGAGGUGCACUGUGACUGCACCCUCACCCGCUACCGGGGGAAGUACUGCAGCGAAGCAGAAGAGCAUGUGGCAGAAGGUCUGGCGCACCUGACGUUAAACAGCCAAGGUGAUGCAUCGCAAACCGGGAAGGAGGAGUCGGUGGCCACCUUCAAGGGCAACGAGUUCUUCUGCUACGACCUGUCGCUGACGCCCAUCCAGAGCAGCACGGACGAGAUCACCCUCUCCUUCCGCACCCUGCAGCGCAACGGCCUCAUGCUGCACACGGGCAAGUCGGCCGACUACGUCAACCUGUCGCUGAAGAGCGGCGCCGUCUGGCUGGUCAUCAACCUGGGCUCGGGGGCCUUCGAGGCGCUGGUGGAGCCCGUCAACGGCAAGUUCAACGACAACGCCUGGCACGACGUGCGCGUCACCCGAAACCUGCGCCAGCACGCAGGCAUUGGACACGCUAUGGUAAACAAACUGCAUUAUAUGGUCACCAUCUCUGUGGACGGGAUCCUCACCACCACUGGCUACACCCAGGAGGACUACACCAUGCUGGGCUCCGACGACUUCUUCUACAUCGGGGGGAGCCCCAACACGGCUGACCUGCCCGGGUCACCCGUCAGCAACAACUUCAUGGGCUGCCUGAAAGAUGUGGUGUACAAGAACAACGACUUCAAGCUGGAGCUGUCCCGCCUGGCCAUUGAGCGCGACCCGAAGAUCAGCCUGCACGGGGACCUGGUGUUCCGCUGCGAGGACGUGGCGGCCCUCGACCCCGUCACCUUCGAGACGCCCGAGUCCUACAUCGCCCUGCCCAAGUGGAACACCAAGAAGACGGGCUCCAUUUCCUUUGACUUCCGCACCACCGAGCCCAGCGGCCUGCUGCUCUUCAGCCACGGCCGCCCGCAUGGCCCCAAGGAGCAGCGGCCGGGCCGCGAGCUCAAGACAGACUACUUCGCCAUCGAGCUGCUGGACGGCUUCCUCUACCUGCUCAUGGACAUGGGCUCCGGCAGCAUCAAGAUCAAGACCAGCAACAAGAAGGUCAACGACGGCGAGUGGUGCCACGUGGACUUCCAGAGGGAGGGCCGCAAAGGCUCCAUCUCGGUGAACAGCCGCAGCACGCCCUUCAACUCCAACGAGGGCAGCGAGAUCCUGGACCUGGACAGCGAGAUGUACCUGGGGGGCCUGCCGGAGUCCCGCACGGGCCUGGUGCUGCCCCCAGAGGUGUGGACGGCGCUGCUCAACUACGGCUACGUGGGCUGCGUGCGCGACCUCUUCAUCGACGGGAAGAGCCGCGACGUGCGGCGGCUGGCCGAGAUGCAGAGCGUGCCCGGGGUCAGCAGCUUCUGCACCCGCGAGCUGCAGAAGAAGUGCAGCAGCGCCCCCUGUGGCAACGGCGGGCAGUGCAGGGAGGGGUGGAACCGCUACAUCUGCGACUGCACCGGCACGGGCUACCUGGGAGAGAACUGCGACACCGAGGCCACGGUGCUGAGCUACGACGGCAGCAUGUACCUGAAGAUCAUCAUGCCGAGCACCCUGCACACGGAGGCCGAGGAUGUAGCCCUGCGCUUCAUGUCCCAGAGGGCCUAUGGCCUUCUCAUGGCCACCACUUCCAAGGAGUCUGCCGACACCCUGCGUCUUGAGCUGGACGGUGGGAGGGUCAAGCUCACUGUCAAUCUAGAUUGUAUCAGGAUAGACUGUAAUCUCAGUAAGGGCCCCGAGACGCUGUUCGCCGGACAGAAGCUGAACGACAACGAGUGGCACGCGGUGAAGGUGGUGCGCAGAGGAAAGAACCUGCAGCUCUCUGUGGACAACGUGACCGUGGAAGGCCAAAUGACGGGCGCCCACACGCGGCUGGAGUUCCACAACAUCGAGACGGGGAUCAUGACGGAGCGCCGCUUCAUCUCGGUCGUUCCCUCCAACUUCAUCGGCCACCUGCAGGGCCUGUCGGUCAACGGCGUGCCCUACCUGGACCAGUGCAAGAACGGGGACAUCUCCUACUGCGAGCUCAAUGCCCGCUUCGGCAUGCGCAACAUCAUCGCCGACCCCGUCACCUUUCGCACCAAAGGCAGCUACCUGGCGCUGGCCACUUUGCAGGCCUACGCCUCCAUGCACCUAUUCUUCCAGUUCAAGACCACCACCUCUGACGGCCUGCUGCUCUUCAACAGCGGCGACGGCAGCGACUUUAUCGUGGUGGAGCUCGUCAAAGGGUACAUCCACUACGUCUUCGACUUGGGGAACGGGCCGUCGCUUAUGAAGGGCAACUCCGACAAGCCCCUCAACGACAACCAGUGGCACAACGUGGUGGUGUCCCGGGAUGCCAGCAACGUGCACACGCUGAAGAUCGACUCCCGCACCGUCACCCAGCACUCCAAUGGUGCCCGCAACCUGGACCUCAAAGGAGAGCUGUACAUCGGGGGAGUGGGGAAGAGCAUGUACAACAGCCUGCCCAAGCUCAUCGCGUCCCGGGACGGCUACCAGGGCUGCCUGGCCUCGGUGGACCUGAACGGCAGACUGCCGGACCUGAUCGCAGACGCCCUCCACAGGGUGGGGCAGGUGGAGAGAGGCUGUGACGGCCCCAGCACGACCUGCAUGGAAGACUCGUGCUACAAUCAGGGUGUAUGCCUCCAGCAGUGGGAGGGCUUCUCCUGCGACUGCACCAUGACGUCCUACGGGGGCUCGUACUGUAGCGACCCUGGGACCACCUAUAUUUUUGGAAAGGGAGGAGCCCUCAUCACCUACACCUGGCCGCCCAACGACCGGCCGAGCACGAGGGCGGACCGCCUGGCGGUGGGCUUCAGCACGCAGCUGAGAGAAGCCAUUCUGGUGCGGGUGGAGAGCGCCACGGGACUCGGGGACUACCUGCAGCUGCACAUAGAACGGGGAAAGAUCGGCGUGAUCUUCAACGUGGGAACGGACGACAUCACCAUCGACGAGAGCGCCGUCAUGGUGAGCGACGGCAAGUACCACGUGGUGCGAUUCACCCGCAGCGGGGGCAACGCCACACUCCAGGUGGACAACCAGCCCGUCAUCGAGCGUUUCCCGUCAGGGAACAUUAUCGAACGGCUGGCUAUUGCUAGGCAAAGAAUCCCAUACAGACUUGGUCGGGUAGUUGACGAAUGGCUACUCGACAAAGGUCGACAGUUGACCAUCUUCAACAGCCAGGCAUCCAUCAGGAUCGGUGGUCGGGACAGGGGUCGGCCGUUCCAGGGCCAGAUAUCGGGUCUCUACUACAACGGACUGCAGGUCCUGAAGCUGGCGGCUGAGGGGGACCCCAACGUGCAGGUGGAGGGGAACCUGAGGCUGGUGGGGGACGUGCCGUCCGUCCUGACCACCGACACCACCUCCACCACCCCCCUGGCAGACAUGUCCACCACCAUCAUGGAGACCACCACCACCAUGGCAACCACCACCACCCGCAAACAGCGCUCGCCCACCAUGAGGGACAGCGUCACACAGAACACGGACGACCUGCUGGUGGCAUCGGCGGAGUGCCCCAGCGAUGACGAGGACCUGGAGGAGUGUGAGCCAGGAACCGGAGGUGAAUUAGUUUUGCCCAUAAUUACAGUGGACUCCCUAGACCCCCCCUCCAUCGCCACACGCUACCCCGUAAUCCCCCCUCCCCCCACCUUCCGCCCCUUCCUCACCCUGCUCGAGACCACCAAAGAGUCCCUGACGCUGGCCAACGGCCGCCCCCCCUGCCCCCUGGACCAGGAGGACUGUGAGGACCCCAUUGAGGUGUCGGCCUACGGCUCGGGGGAGAUGACAGAGUCGGACGACGAGGACUAUUACAAAAACUCGCCCCUCGUCACCGACAGGACGGUCCUGCCGCCACCCCCCGCGGUUGAGGGCGGGGUCCCCAACCCCCGUGACCGCCACUUCUCCAGGCCCCCCGACUCCCACCGCCCCCCACCCCCCUCCACCCCGACUGCCAACCCCGACCAGCUCCCCCGCCACAAGCCCGGGAGCAGCAGCAGCAGCAGCGGGGCCCGAAUACCCGCUGGCAAAAUGAACACCCGCGACCAGGUGCUGCUGCCACCGGCGGCCCCCUCCCACGACCCCGACCACGGCGGGCGGCACCGCCACAUACCAGGAAUAACCUACCCCCCCAAUUUCCACCAUGUGCCCACAGCCAACCCCACGGCCCCCGAGAGGGGCCCGCCGGGUGCAGUGGAGGUGAUCCGGGAGUCCAGCAGCACCACGGGCAUGGUGGUGGGCAUCGUGGCAGCCGCCGCCCUCUGCAUCCUUAUCCUCCUCUACGCCAUGUACAAGUACCGCAACCGGGAGGAGGGAUCCUACCAAGUGGACCAGACCCGCAACUACAUCAGCAACUCCGCCUCCCAGAGCAACGGCGCCGUCGUCAAGGAGAAGCAGCCCGGCGCCGCCAAAACCGCCACCAAGAACAAGAAAAACAAAGACAAGGAGUACUACGUCUGAGACUGGCCUGGGGAGAGACAGAGAGAGAGGGAGAGAGAGAGAGGGAGAGGAGAGAAGGAGAGAUGAGAGAGGCAUGGGACAUCAUCUUUUUUUGGUAGAAUCCACCUCCACCUCAUGCCCCAGCUGGGCUCCGGACACCCAUCCCGCUCCUGUUCCCACUGUCCCCACAAGCUCCUCCUCUCCUGCCUUCCACCCCCUGUAGCCCAAACUAAUGGAGAGAGGGAAAGGAAAAGGAAGAAUCUAAGGAAAGGAGCAGUGUCAUUCAUUCAUCCAAAUUCUCACACCCUCAUGUUUUGGCAUGUGGACCCACUGACCCCCCCCCCCCCACACACAC